AUGGCGAGGGAGCUCGGCGGCGCUCUGUGCCGCACCCCGGCGAGGGAUCCCGCAUCCGCGCUCGGGAGCGACGAGAACGCGCGGCCUGGCGGAGCUUCGACUCCCGCCCCGGCGGAGCCCAUCGCGACCUCCCGGCACCCCCUCCGCGCUAUCCAGCCGCCGGGGCAGCCCCGGCGGCCGGCGCCGACGCCCAAGAAGGGUAAGGAGGCUAGGACAGCGGGCAAGACGUCGGCGCGGAUCGGCGCGGUGAGCACUCCCCUUGGCCCGACCAAGAUCCUGGGGAAGCCGAAGCCGGUGCCGAGGCAGGGGUUCUUGACGAUGGGGGCCAGUUCUGCGCAGGUCCAACGUUCCAAGGUCCGAAACCCCAUCUUGCUCCGGGAGGAGAAUCGCAAUGUGCAGAAUGUUUCGUCAACAUUGCAGCAAGAUGACUCUCAUGCACCUGCAAAGGAAGAAGACAACUCAGAAGAUACAUUGAGCCUGCAGCUGGAGUUGGCCAUAACCGAAACAAUUCUUGCGGACGAGAUGAAAGCCCGAGCAGAAGCUGAGGUCAGGGCAACUGCUUUAGGAGAUGAGCUGAAAGCAGCAAAUUUACGUACCCUUGAAGCUUGCAGGCAGAAGGAAGCCACAGAAAAGGAACUGAAAGACACAUUAUCUGUUUUGGAUGUUGUUGAAUCGGAGCAGAUUUGUUUGAUAAAGGAAGUAGAGGAGCUGAAGAAGAAGAAUUUGGAGCAGGUUAGUUUGAUAAAGGAACUAGAGGAGCUGAAGAAAAACAAUUUCCAAAGCCCAGUAUUUCAUAAGAAGAGGGAUGUGGAAACUCUGAUUUUAAACACUGAGUUUGAGCAAGAAAUGGAUGAAAUCCAUAGGCAGGCUAUGUGUGAAACGUCUGAGGUGAUUAUAUCCUUACAAAAACAGCUGUUGUCACUGCAACAGCAGCUAGAUGCCUGUAACAAAAAAGAGUUGUUGGCUGCCAAACGCCUUGUUUUGUUGGAUCAAUCCACCGAAAUUCUUGUGCAGAAGGAGGUUCUUGAACAAUGCUUUGUUUCAUUACUGAGAGGGAUGGAAGAAGAGACUCGUCAGCUCGAGUCCAAACUAGACCAGUCAAAUAGAUUCUAUGAAGGUAGAAUUAAAGAACUGGAGAUAAAGAUGCAAGAAAUGGAUUAUCAGGCUGGAGCAUUACUUAUUUCAUGGAAUAAAGAAAAAGAGAUAUCAGAGGAAAGGAAGGCAUAUGUCGAAGAGAAAAAUAAAGUAAUCAAGCUAUUGGAGAUGUCCAAUGAGGAUGGCCAGAUUACUGUGUGUUCAUUGGAAGAAAAGGUGAAAUUACUCGAGGAAGAAGCAGAACAACACAGAAGGCAACAGGAAAAACUAGAAGUGGAGCUGCAGAAUGCCAGGCAACAAUUGCUAGUUGUGCCAUCCUCUGGGGAAGCAAAGAGCUCCUUGGAAGACAGAAUGGUUGAUUCACCUGACCCAACCAGGCACCCGAGUAAUAUAAACAAUGGGGUACUGCGUUCUCAGGAGAGUAGAAUAGGUCGAAAGGAGCCUUUUGAAUCAGAGGUAAUGAUGGCAUUCUUUGAAGAGCAAAUGCAAGGAAGCUAUGCAAGCUCAUUAGGUGAUGUAUUCAAGGAAGUUGCAGAAGAUUCUCUUCCUGUCUCACAUUCUCUUCCACACAUUACAAGCCAAACAAAGCCGAAUCCAAAUGUAGUUGAGGAGGCAGUCGAGCUAGACACUAUAGCUGUUGAGUCAACUCCUCUGGUGGAACACCAAGACGAGCCUGGUGAGCCUUCUUCAGAUGAGUGCAUGCAGGAGUCCGACCCAUCAGGUCUAGAGAUGGCAAAGCCAUAUUCAUUAGAAAAGGAUUUCUGGUCCGAGAACUCGGAGUUUGAUUCAGAAGAGCAAGUGCCGCCUCCAGCUGUGGAGUCAGUGAUUGAAGUUCUGAAGGAGAAUGAGUUGCCUCCAGUUUCUCUAGUGCGUCCCAAUGAUCCGGUGGACUACACUCGAGCCCCUUUUGAGCUGAAGAGGCUCAGAAGCAGGAACCACUACAAGGGGCAUAGGACAGCAACAGACAGGAGAUUCUGGUCCAUUGAGCAGCAGGACUUGUACAACUUCAUAUACAGUAGGGCCGGGUUGUUUCCUAUGCAGUGGAUAGACUGGGACUAUAUUGAUAGCAUGGAUGAGUUUUCUUGUGUCAGACAGAGAUGUGCCCAUGUGGGGCUUGAGCAGAUGAUGAGUUACCAUUGUGAUUGGGACAUCGAACUGAUUAGGCAGUUUUACUCUACAGUUUAUAUCAGCGACGACAAUAGCUCUAUUACUUGGAUGGCAGAUGGCAGGAGGGUCACUACCAACAAAAGAGCAUGGGAGGAGACAUUUGGCAUUGCUGGCAGCAUUCACACUUCAAGAAUUCACUCAGAGUUUUUCUUUGAUGAUGAUGACAAGAGGAUCAUGUACACAGCUGCAGAAUGCACAGUAGACCAAACCAGGGGCCUCUCUCCAUUGGCUAGCAUAGCCAAUAAGAUUAUUUGGAAAACCAUCUAUCCCAAGUCUUCUGGAAGUAAAGUCCACGGAUACAACUGGAACCUCCUACAUCAUAUUGUGGAGCAGCACCCAUUUGACAUCAUUGCUUUGAUCUUCGACGAGAUUAAGUUACUUAUUUCAGAUCACAGUCCUUUUCUAAAAAAAAAGAAGAAAGAUCACAGUCGCACUAACCUCUUGUAUGCACCAUACAUCAUGGGGAUGAUCAUGCGAGCUUUUGAAUAUGAUGGACCUAGAGAAACCAGGCACCAGCCCUACAAGCCCAGGCCCGACAAGUCAAAGCAGACGAAAAAAGUUGGUCGUCCACUGGCACCUGCAGUAGUUGCACCUUCUGAGCCACCACCUUCAGCAUGUCAGCCGGAGGUAGAGGCCAAUGUUGAGGCAGAUGACCACAGCCAGUUUGAGGAAGCCGGACACCGGCCCCAGGGAGAGGCAGUGCAGCAUACCAAUGCCUCCUUGUCUUCUCAGAUCCUAGCUCCACGCUCCUCCCUGACACCUUCCCUUGAGGCUACCACUCCCUCACCGCCUCUGGCUCCAGCUGCAUUUCCUGAGCAGGCCAGCAUGAUGCACGCCGGCCUCCGGUGCUUCAGCUCAGCCAGCUGUUUUGGGGCCAAGUCCUUUUAG